CAUUUCAUCUUCAUAUUCACCCUCAUCAUCAUUAUUAUCAAUACCAUUUUAAUCUGGUCCGAGAUUUAUUUCCAAAAUCAGUGUGUAACCACCUAUAUAUCAUGGCUUUACUUAUACCUCGAGAUCAUGACAUACUACCUCAUCAAGAUGAGGUAGCUGCUACUACUGAAAAUCGACCUACUGAUUUAACUCAGAUUUCAUCUCAACAAUUACAUCAUGAAUUUGAAUUAAGUCAAUCUGAAUCAUUAAAUUUUUUAUAUAAUUUAUUAUAUGAUGAUCAAUCAUAUCUUUCUAAAAGUGAUAUUUUAAGAAUCUUAAACUCGAUCAAAACAAGAGAAAAUCAUUUACCAUUCUCUAUCGAUGCUUCCGAUUAUGAUCAUCCUCAAUCAUCCCAUAAUUCUACAUCCACCUAUUUCAAAACUGAUUUACAAGGUAUUCAUUGGCCAAAAGAUCUUAGACGACGAUUCUUCAUGGAUAGAUCUCGAGUAGGAAAAGAUAAUUGGUUUUAUAAUAUCCCUGAUUCCAAAUCAAAAGCCAUAAAUCAAAUCUCAAUUGAUUCAUUCGAUAUUAAUACUGAAUUUUUUAAAUUUUAUAAAUUCUUUGGAAAAUUAAAAUUACAUUUAAAUCAUCUACAAUUACGAAAUUUAGUAUGUUGUGGUCCAAACAUUUCCAAUGGGAUUUAUUAUCCUUCCAAUUAUUAUCAUGAUUAUAAUCUUGAUAUCGUCCAUACUGAGUUCAAUCAUCCUCGUUCCGAAGAAAUCGAUGAUAAUUAUCAUAAUUUCUUUAAGAUAAAUCGUUUAAUGCCUGAUAAUGCCACCGAUAUAAGUCGAACAUCAAGUACCAAAAACACCAUGAAGAUUAAUUGUUUGAUUGAUUCUCGAAGUUUAUUACAUAAUUCAAAUAGUAGAAUCUCAACUUUAUCCGCGUCUGAUAAAUUCCUCGUAUGUGGGACAUUUGAAGGGGGGUAUAUUCUUGGGGAUGUAUCUGAUGCUAAUAGUUUUAAAAUGGUGGGAGAAUAUCAUUUAACUAAUAAUUCAGAUGGAAUUACAAAUCAUAUAUUAAUCAAUGAAUCAGAUAAUGAAUUAAUCAUAUCUUCCAAUGAUAAAAAAUUACGUAUCAUUGAUUUAUCCACAAAUAAAUCAAAUCAGAAUAUCGAUUUUGAUUUCCCUGUCAAUGGAUCAGCGAUAAAUCAUUUCAAUACCAAUGAAAUAUUCAUUUCGGGUGAUUCUAAACAUUCAUAUAUAAUAGAUAAGAGAUUAUCAGCCACCACUAAUCAAAACUUUCAAAAAUUCAUUGGUCAUGAAGAUUUUGGAUUUUGUUGUGAUUGGUCAAGUCAGGAUGAAAAUUUAUUAUUAACCGGUAAUCAAGAUACUUGUGUCAAAUUAUGGGAUAGAAGAAAUUCUUCAAAAAGUUUAUAUACAUGGAGUGGAUCUUUAGGUUCAAAUUGUUCAACUAGUGGUGGACCGGUUAGAAAUUGUAAAUUCAGUCAUAAUGGUGAAUUCAUCUCUUGGGCUGAAGGUUUGGAUCAUGUAGGAAUCUUACAAUUGAAUGAUUUAAUGACAUUAAACAGUGAUGAAAAGGAUGAACAGCCUGAGUUAUCAAGAAUUCAAUCAAUUGAUUUCAUUGGGAAAUGUACUGCUUUAAGUUUCUCCCCUAUUGAAAAUGGUUAUGGUGAACAAUUAAUCAUCGGGGUUGAUGAUUGUCCAUUAGGUGGAAUCUUAAGUUAUAAAUUAGAAAGCAAACAAAAACCAUUAGACUUUGAUUUCUAUUUUUAAUAAAUAUAUACAUUGAACUUUACCACAUUUCUUCAAUAUUUUCACUAACUUGUAAUUCCCCACCUAACUCUUUAACCACUUCAUCUAAUUUAUCAAUCUUCCAUGAUUCCUUAACUAUCGUUAUAAUGACUCUUAAUUUAUUCCGAGCUUUAUUUAAUUUAACUUCAAAUUCUGCAACAUUCUCAUCUUCAUUUGUAAGCGGUAUAUCAACAAUAAGCUUCUCCAAUUGAUCUAAAUGAUUUCGUAUGUUUCCAUAUUGAUCGAUGUGAAGUUUCCAAUCCUCAACUAAACCCUGGAUGUAUCCUACGAUUAUAAAUCGUUGAAAUCC